GCAUCAGUGGUAGAGCAGCACCGCAGACGUUGGUCAGGUUUAAACUGUCAACAAACUCCAACAGGUUUCCCCGGCGUUCAAACACGCUUCAACGUGCUUCCGUAAACUCAUUAUUUCCACUCUUAAUGUGAGCCUGUUGAAAGCUUUGAGGUUAGCAGAGAUAUGCUGGAUUUCGAGGGUGUAAUUAAAGAACCAGGGACCGACAGAGACCCACGUUAUGUCAGCGCUAGACAGACCCGCGGCGGAGCUCACCGUCAUGGACGUGUACGACAUCGCGGCGUUGCUCGGCCAGGAGUUUGAGCGGGUCAUAGACAAGUUCGGGUGCGAGUGCCUGGUUGGGGUGGUUCCCCGAGUGGUGCGGGUUCUGGAGUUUCUGGAGGCACUUGUGAGCCGCGGAGCAGCUGGUCAGGAGGCAGAGGAGCUGCGCAGGGAGCUGGACAGGCUGCAGCGGGAGCGGAGCGACAGAUACGAGCAGGAGAAGAAGCACCAGAAGGAAUUGGAGCAGGUGGAAGAUGUAUGGAGGGGAGAAGUCCAGGACCUGCUGUCUCAGAUUACUCAGCUUCAGGCAGAGAACAAGAGGCUGUUGGUGAGCCUCUCGCUGAAAGAGUCCCCCGUCACGGAGGAGGACCUACAGAAACACCAAGCUCAAACGUCUGAGAAGGAAAACCAAGUGAUACAGAAGCUAAAAGACUUGGCAGAUAAACAGAGAGACGAAAUCCGUGCGAAAGACCACGAGCUAACGCUAAGAAACGAAGAUGUUGAAGCGCUCCAGCUGCAGCAGCAUCGGCUCAUCAGGAUCAACCAGGACCUUCUUCACAGGACCGGACUGAUGGAGGCUCAGGGAAAGACGCUGAUCCAGCAGAGAGCUGAGCUGGAGGCCUCUGCCCAGGCACAGCAGCAGGAGUACGCAGCGCUGCAGCUGGAGGUCAGGAGACUGACAAAGGAGCUCCAGGAGAAGGAACUAGAACGAGAACUUGUAGAGAUAGAAUGCCCUCUGGGAACAAGAUCUGGGAACUCUUCACUGUCUGCAGCACCAAUGACGGCUGCGGAAACCAUUCUUUCUGACUCUGUCAAACCGCGUUCUGUGUGGGUGGAGUGUGGAGGAGAUCCUGGCUUCAUGGCAAAGUGCCUCGAGUGUGACAAGAGCCUCUCACUUCUGUCAACAACAGCAAACAGAAACAAUAAGGGAGACCUUACUAGAGAAGAAAACGCUGCAGCACAUGUUCUGACGCAGUCAGCUCCUGCAGAGUCUGAGGAUGAGGCAGACAAACCUCGUUUCACCCUGCAGGAGCUGCAGGAUGUCCUGCAGGAGAAGAACGAACUCAAAGCCCAGGUGUUCAUGCUCCAGGAAGAGUUGGCGUAUUACAAGAGUGAGGACUUGGAAGACGACAUCAGUCCUAGUGACUCUGCCACAAAUACCCCAUCACAGCUAACUUCAGCUGAUCAGCCUGAAUCAGGAAUAAGACGGCUGAUCUUCACUGCCAUAAUGCCAAUGGUGGCUGCCGGUCUAAUCACAGACGACCCCACGUUGUUGCCAAUAAGAAGACUUGUUUCCUUUGUAUGACUUGUCAUUUAAAGGAAAUGUUCAUCUCGACACAAAGAACUGAUUUAACAGCAGAAAUUAUUCAAUACUAACCCUCUGUUGUGUUCAUACUAGACAUGGGCCGAUUAGAGAAUCUUGUUGUAUUAUAGUAAUAAUCAAGCACAAUCAGAAAUGCCAAAGAUAUUGUGGUUGCUUUUAUUUUAAACAAAAAAGUAACAAGUUUUACUACUGUUCUUUAAGCAAUAUAGCCAGCUGAUUUGCAGUGCGCAGUAACAGGUGCGAAAGGAAAGCAUUACAUUUUUUAUGUUCCUUACAGCUGGAGAAAACUGAAGCACUUUAUGACAUAUUAUUGAGGGAUUUGAUUCAGUAAUGAGGAAUGACAAAAAAUGUUCCUACAUUUGAAACCAUAAUUUUUUAAAAUCUCUGGAUGCCUUGAUGUUGAUAACCAACCCCUGCCUAUUCAUUUUAUUUACAUCAGUGUGAAUUAACGGGUCUGUUUUUAUAUGUUUUACUUAUGCUCAGAAUGGCAAGAGCUUUAAGUGAAUCCAAAUAGUCCAAAUACAGGACAACUGAGGAGUUCUUUGAAAAUAAUGAGAAUUAAUGAAUAGGUUUUUUUUUUUUUUUAGCUUUGCAGCAUCAUCUGAAUUAUGCAACAAACUGUGCCUUAACAUGUUACUUGGACAUUAAGGGAGAUUUAUGUUUUCAAAGUCGAAAUGUGUAAUUAAUCUAUGUGAAAAGUGUUUUUUCUCAGAAAAGCCACGCCCUUAAUACUUUACUAUUAAUGAUUAUGCAACAAAUUUUCUGUGGAUAGCAUCCUGUGUCUGAUGAGGAGUACAUGUAAAAUUGUGUUACUUGUGGUUAAAGUAAUAAAAGUUUAUUUUUGCA